AUGUCGAAUCCUUCUUUAUCAACCAUGUUUAAAGGGAAGGUACCCAACUCAAUCAACAUGUUUAGAAGACAUAAAUUACAAUCGCAGAGCAAGCAAGAAAAACUGAUAGAUGAACAGACAAGUCAGCAACAACAACAACAACAGUCGUCGCAAUCUUAUCUGCAGCCACAACAACAAUCACAGCCGCAUCGACGCAAUUCCAAGGAAUCGGCUAAAUCCAGGGCAUCGUCGGGAUCAAGUCAAGCUGGCACAGUAUCAGUGACCUCUCAAGGCAACACUACUAAUACUCUGCAGCGUUAUAACGUAGAGCUACUUCAUACAGGAGAGAAGAAGGAACCAGCUGAAGUUCAACAAACGUACACUAACGAGACAAUUAACAGUGACGAUUGCUUGUCGCCAUUAACAUCUGGUCCUGAUAAUCAAGGAGAUGGUGAUAAUCAUUCAUUGGCAUUAUCAGAGACUGAUACACUUUGCGCCACGCGAAAGCAACGACUUGAGUUACAAGAUGUUUACAUUGACAAUUUUUCAAUGUACUUACCAUUUGUCCUACGACAAUUGAGAUUAGCGGAAGAUCAAGCACAAGCCGAAGAUCGUCGUCGCAGAGAAGCUCGUGCCAGUACCGGGCGUGGAGGUGCACUGGUUGAUCAUUUUGAUGAAGAUUACGAUGCUGAGAAUGAUACCAUUGCUGAUGACGACUUGUCAACUAUCUUCAAUGAUAGUCAAUCACCUGAAGAACAUUAUGAAAUUGAUCAUCAGAAAGUUAUGGAUCGAAAACUAUCAGCAUAUAAUUACAAACGACUGGUGGUAUUUGUAGGCGGCAUGUUGAAGAGUGAUGUGUUUAUCUUCCCUACUGUAGCAUCAUUCAAACUUUUUAAGCAGUUGAGAACUAAUAUCAAAAAGGAAAGGAAGAGCUCGGUAAUUAUAUAUGAUUCUAAUGGUGACAUCAAAAAGGUUACUUCAUCUAACGGUAUAAACAAGAAUGAGUACGCCAACCCCGAUGGUGGCAAUGACGAAGUGAUUGAUGAAAGGAAUCAUAUCAUACCCAUAAGUUACAAAAUCAAAGGUCAAGGGUUGCCAAUUUUGAGAAUGCAUCUGCCAUACAUGUCAACAUUUCGUAAAAAUACUCCAUAUCUCAUUUUCAAAAAAUUUAAAGAAGUUCCAUCAGCACCUAAUCCAGGAGAUCCCAAACAAAAUGACAUUGAUUUCGAAACUUUCGACUACUGUAAUGUGUAUCUGAAAUAUUCCCUGAAUUAUCGUCGUUUCAUACUUGAAUUCUAUCCCAACACUGCAUCAUGUUUUAAAGUUGUCAUGUUUGAAUCUACAUUUAAACCAUUUGCUGAUUUCAAUUAUAAAGGAACUCGAUUUAGAGUUAUUGGAACUACGAUAUCAACUGGAUUAGUAUGUGAAUAUAAUCCCCAUAUGCGAUUACUCAUAAUUGAUGAUGAUGAACCUUCACUUUGUGAUGGCAUUGUCAACAAGAAACCAUCGUCGGGGUUCAUGAAGUUGAAGAAAUCAUCAAAUCAUGAAGAAUAUGUUGAAUUUGAUAUUAAUGAUCCAGCUACUUAUGUAAACCCUAUUCCUAAUGCAAAGUUUGUUGAUGAAGAUGGAUUUUCUAAUUGUUGUCAUCAUCGAGCUACAUUUAUCCCCAAUAAUCUUCCGCCAUUUGGAUGUUACAAGGAUGUAAGCUUGUACAAAGGACAAAACUCAAGUCUUAUUCCUAAGAAAUACUAUGAAAUUGGUAAAGCUGAAAUAUACCAAGAUUUGCAAUCACUGUCACCACAAUCGACAACAUCAUCUUCCCCUUCACAUGGGAAUAAUGAGUCGCCUGUAAGUGAAGAGUUUUUGAAUAGUACAUUUUCAAUGGAUCAAGAUACGUUGGUGUUGACUGUGAUUAUGAGCAUCUUGAGAGAAGUUAAUGUGAAGAAUGCUAAUAAAUCAAGUGGGAGUCCAAUGACUAGAGCUAGUGGAGGGGUUUUACGAAAUGCCAAUUUUGGACUCAUGACAACCGGAUUGUCAACAUUUUAG